UAUACAGAAUGAAAAGGCUCAAUAUCAUACCUGGCAUAUAUACAUAAGAUGACAUUUGCGACAUAAAUGUUUAUCAAGACUGAAGUAGUCACUUCCAUCACGUAUGUAGAUGUUGACAUGACAUCGGAGGUCACCACUAACGUUUCAUGGCUGUUGGUCUAUCAAACAUUGUAAAGCGAGGAGAGCGAGUCCACCGCGCCAUUGUCUGCUUCUCAUUAUAAGGCGAACAGAUCUGAAGACAUGAAGACGUUUGACGAGAUCCUUCAUGAAGUGGGGGAGUUUGGAACUUAUCAGAAGAGACUGAUGUUCUUUCUGUAUAUGCCAACGGCGGUGACUGCCUUCCUAACACUCUCAAGUGUCUUCACGCUGUACAUCCCCCCUCACAGGUGUGCAGUUCCCGGCCUCAGAAACGACACAUACGCCAUACAGGGAGACAACCAUCGUCGACUGGUCAACCUGACCAUCCCCGUUAAAGAUGGCGCCUUCUCCAAAUGUAAUGUCUAUACAGAUGACGUCACAGACCUUGAUCAGAGGGCAGACAACUCCAGCCAGUCUCAGUGCAGCCAAUGGGUGUUCGACAAAUCAAUGUUUACGUCCACCAUAACAGAAGACCUCAACUUGAUAUGUGACAACAAAGUCAUGCGGUCCCACUCCAAUAUGGCCGUGAUGGCGGGGAAACUGGUUGGCUCCUUCGGCCAAGGUCUGGUCAGCGACAUAUUCGGGAGGAAGAAAGCGUUGAUGAUGUUCCUGUGUGUGAUGAUUUGUGUCGGCUUCCUCAACUACGUCAUCCGUGAUUUCGCCUCCCUCAUCAUCAUCCGCUUCCUCUCUGGCGCUGGGUCGACGUCUGUGUACAUCGCCACCUUCAUUCUGGGAAUGGAACUGGUAGCUCCUUCCAAACGCUUGUAUCCUGGUAACUUGGUGUUGUUUUUCUGGGUGUCGGGGAUGCUUCUGAUGUCGGCUGUCGUCUACUUUAUUCGAGACUGGCAGAAUUACGUCCUCACCUUGGCAUGUGCUCCAGUUCUUUUCCUCUCCUACUGGUGGCUUAUACCCGAGUCACCGAGGUGGCUGAUGUCCAAAGGCAGGUUCGAGGAAGCAGAAGUAAUCAUCAGGAAGUUUGCCAAAGUCAACAAGACAACGGUUCCUGAAAACAUGUUUGACGGUAAAUAUGUGGAGGAGGUUAAAGCUCCAAGUGGUAAAAUGUCCGAGCUGCUGACACACAGAACCCUGGCCAUUCGCAGUUUCAUCCUGUCAUUUCACUGGGCUGUGUGUAGUCUGACCUACUACGGCUUGACGCUGAACGUCACCAACCUCAGUGGCAACGUCAUCACCAACUUUGUCCUGUCUGCGCUGGUGGAAGUGGCUGGGUAUCUCUUGACGCUGUUUUUGCUGGACAGAAUAGGCCGGAAGUGGCUCCAUUGUGGUUUCUUCCUGGGCGGGGGCCUUGCCUGUCUUGCCACCAUCUUCCCAGUCCUGUAUGCUGGAGACGACGCCAAGUGGACGCUCGUCCUGUUGUCCUUGAUCGGCAAGAUGGGGGCGUCAGGAGCCUUCGCCACCGUCUACAUCUACACCGCAGAGGUCUAUCCAACUCCUGUCCGCAACGUCGGGCUUGGAGCCGGCAGCAUGUGCUCGAGACUCGGGGGUGUUAUGUCGCCAUACAUUGUAGAUCUGGGCAUCUUGGUGGAGGGAGGGUUUGGAGAAGCUCUUCCCCUCAUGGUGUUCGGUGGUGCGGCAGUAUUGGCGGGCGUGUUGACCUUCUUCCUCCCAGAGACGCUCAACCAAGACCUGCCGGAGACCAUCGAGGACGCCAAGAACCUUGGCAGAACCGGAAGAAAGUCUGCAUCAAACGUCUACAAAAUGAGAAAGUCACUGGAAGGCCAGGACAAUGCUGUGUUUGCUUUGUCUAUCAAGAAUAGAGAUUGAUGUGGUUUCAUAUUGUACCUGUCUACAUACGAUAAACAUAUAUUUGUAUUUGGAUUAAAACGUGUUGUAACAA